AGUGACAACGAGAGGCAAAAUCCCAUGUUCAUAUACAAGUCCCGAGCCUUUACCUAUGACAUCUUUGAAUCUUCUCUUCUCUCAUACUUUCUCUCCUUUCCUUUCUCAUCUCAUUAUUUCUUUUUGGCUCAUUGAUUAAUGAGAUAGACUCUUGUCUAUAUACUCUACAUCCUCUAUAUACCCCAUAGUCAUUUGAUAAUUAAUUCUCUAAUAGAUUUAUUCUUCUCAUCCCUUUUGUACUUUUACAGAUUCAUUUCAUGGGCCUCGGUUCGAAAAUUACCCUCACAUUCCCGAAUCGUCAUAUUGGAUUUUGUAAUCUUUGAUUACAAUUAAAUCAUCAAACCAACAAUCUUUUGAAUAACCUCAAACAAUGGCCGACAACCUUUGUGGCCCAUCCAAUGCUUUGCAGAAUUUCCAAAAGCAUUCGAAUGUUGACCGCACCUUACAACAAGAUCGAUUAGUUGGGCGAGCAUCGCCUUCGCAAGUAUGUCAUAUAAUAUUCCCAUACUUCUAAUCGCAUAAUAAUACCACCUAUAACUCUUACUAACAACACAACAGGGGUUCCGGACUUCUUCAGGUCCAAAUGCAGGUCAACUAGAUGCUGAAUUCGCAGCUUUUCAAGCUGGUCACCAAUCAUUUAGUCCCUCCCCAUCGAUCCAAAACUUUUCUCCUCGACAUUUUCAAACAUCGUCUCCUCAAUCCUUUCAAAAUCCACCACCACAAUUCGCCGCAGGUCAAGGAUGGGCUACCGAUUUUCAAAAUAUGAGCAUAUCCGGUCCUCAGGCGCAAUUUCAACAACAAGGAUUACAUCAAACGAAUCAAUCGCAAAUGGGCGGUGGAUGGCAUCAGGAGUUUGCGCAAAGUUAUGGAGGUUCGGGAUCAAUCGCGCAAGGAAAACAACCUGUUAUGUCAAUGAAUGGUCCUUCUAUGAUGAAUCAUGGAUAUAAUCCAAUGCCGAGAGUUCUUAUGCAACAAAAUCAACUUAUAUCCACAAGACAAUCAUCGGUGGAAAACAAUGAAGCUUUUGAUGAUGCAGCAUUUGCCAGAGCUUUUGAUGAAGCAGCUAGUGCAGAGAAAGAGAGAGCGCGAGAGCAGGAGCAAGAAUUGGAAAUAACUAGAGCUCAGCAAGAGACCGCGAUAGUUUCGGAACAAGCAAAUGCCGAUCAAAAAGCAGAGUUUGACCUCGACAGAGCGGAAAGCGAUCUUCUCAAUCAAGCUCCCCUUGGCGCAGACACUAUUCAGGAUCCCGCAGCCGCAACAUUAGAAGAGAACACACAUGCAACAGACGCCCUAUCACGCACAGCUGGCGAGCUCCUAUCAAAUGUUAGUGAUAACCAAAGCGACAAGUUUCAGAACAGUCAGUUUCUUCAACUUAUGCGACAAUUUCGGGAUAAAGAGGUUACAGUUGAGGGGGAUCAAGUGGUGGGUACACCUAUGAAAGGUAAACAGGGUGUUUAUGAGAAUAGAAAUGAAGGAGAAUUUCAUGAUAUGGUUGGAGCACCCUAGCAUAGUUUAUUUGAUUGAUUCCUCCCCUGUGGACUUUUGUGGUGUACAUAUAUUUGCUUAUGGGUAAUUGAAAUUAGUCAAACUUUAGAAUUCUCAAGAGAGAAACUAAUGAGGAUUUGAAUUAUUGCGAAAGAAUCAGAUUGAGCGAAAUGAAUGUAAGCUCUUGAUGGCGACGACGAUGAAGAAAUCGAGGAGAACCUGCAUCGGUGCAGAUCAUGCAAGUUG